UUGUUCUACAGCGGUGUCCUCUAUUCGUCUGUUUGUCAGUGCAUUGCGAAGGGCGACGGAGGCCUUUUAGUAUUGGUCUCAGCUGUUUUUCAAAAAUCGAAUGUCCGUGUCUUCCAAAUUUGAAAGACUUUAGGCAGUCUGACGUCAGUGUUUGUGGUGUGUGGACGGGAAUUUAGUGAAUUCAGCCAUGUAAUGGCAAGGGCCGGCCCACCUUGAAGACAGUCCGAACGCAGUCGCUGCACAGAACGCACCUGAGCGUUUUCACUUCGAAAUUAAUUCGUUCUCGCAUGACGUCGCGAUGUAAUUGCAUUUUGAAAUUAGAACUUCAACUGCAUGGCAAGAAGAAAGAAAAAAUAAACUAGCCAGUGUAAAUAUAACGUAAUUUAAGGAAACCAGGGAAGAAGCAAUUGCAAGCAUGGUUGGAGCCCUCGAUGUCGUCAAACCGUCAGACAAAGUCGAAGAUUACUCGCCCCGCAUUAACGGAAACCCAGUUUUUACCAUCAGCGAUGAGAUUGGCUGUCCGGACACCGCUUUCAACAUGGCGUCCAUAAAUUCUAACGGUGAUCUAAAGAGUCCGGGGGAUCCAGAGAAGAAGGUUCCAGAGACGGAUGCAGAAAAACAACCAUUGUCGGGGAAAAAAGAAGAAAGAUGGUGGACGACACUAAUGCAAGUAGCUGUACCUUUCUUCAUCGCAGGCUGUGGUACCAUCGGCGCUGGCUUAGUUCUCGGCAGUGUAAGGAACUGGGAGGUUUUCCAAAAUGUAUCAGCGAUUUUUGUUUUAGUGCCGUCUCUCUCUGGUUUAAAAGGUAAUUUGGACAUGUGCCUCGCGUCGCGACUAUCAACUCAAGCCAACCUCGGUAACAUGGAAACGCCAAGGGAAGUAAUAUCCAUGGUCGUUGGAAACAUAUCAUUAGUACAGGUACAAGCAAUAGUAGCUGCUACGGUCGUCUCGAUGUUCGCUAUAGUGGUCAACUCAAUCACGGACCGCGCUUUCAACGGCAGUUUCGUGUUGCUGCUCAUCGCCUCAGCUGUCUUUACCGCGACAACAACAUGCUUCGUGUUAGAUUUUGUUAUGGUCUUAGUAAUCUUUGGGUCGCAGAAGUUUAAAGUAAAUCCAGACAAUGUGGCGACGCCCCUGGCUGCUUCUAUUGGCGAUAUCGUCUCUAACUCAGUACUUGCUGUCACCGCGCAGUACAUGUACGAUCAGAUAAAAAUAUCUCUAUGGCAGCCGAUAGCUCUGAUGUGCGUGUACUACAGCCUGCUUCCUCUGUGGGUCUUCAUCGUUUGGAGAAACAAGUACACCAAGAAAGUGCUGAUGACUGGGUGGACUCCUGUCAUCUCUGCUCUCUUCAUUAGCGGUAUCGGUGGUAUAGUUCUGGAUCAAGCAGUUGAGAAGUAUCAGGGCUACGAAGUGUUCCAGCCAAUUGUGAACGGCAUCGGAGGUAACCUGGUGUGCGUGCAGUCCUCACGGCUGACCACACACCUCCACCAGACGGCUAUCCUCGGCAUUCUGCCUGAGGACACGAGGAUAGUAGAAUGGCCUUGGAAGACGCUGUUCUUUGGAACUGCGGCGGCUAAAGUGGCUCGAAUGUUGUUGGUGCUGGCUCUGUGCGGGCAAGUGGUGUUCAUGAUAGUUGCUGACUUCAUCUAUCAAGGGCUCGUCAGUAUACAGUUCGCGUUCGGAUUGACGUACCUCUUGUGCUCCAUGCUGCAGGUGAUGAUGCUUUUGUACUUGGCGUAUAUGCUGAUACAUUUCAUGUGGAAGAAGAAGAAGGAUCCAGAUAAUGCAGCUAUCCCUUAUUUAACUGCACUCGGUGACCUCUUAGGGUCAGUGUUCCUAGGACUUGCAUUCGUUAUUCUGUCUAUAUUCGGCUUGCAAUACGGCAAUAAUGUACCCGGUACUUAAAUCUUAACAAAAAAUUAAAUAAAACAUGAGAUUUUCUUAAAGUAUUAUAUUUUAAUGCUUCUAUUAUGCGUGAUAGAAAAUUGGAUUAUACCAAAGGAUAAAUGAUUUCAG